UAUCAUUUGCUCCGAGAUACUAGUAUGGAGCUCAGUUCACUUCCGGUAUUUAUGUUGGAGAUUUUGUGUUUUGAAUCUGGAAUGCAAAGAAUCUCCGAUGCAAAGUGUUAUUUCAUACCUAAUGCUUUAAUACCAACUCUGACUUUGUUGGAAGGUGACUUUAAAGAAUGGAUGCAAUGGUUCAAUCUACGAGCAGAGUAGGACAGUUGGAACGAUGUAUUAUUGGUAAAGAUGAGCUUCUGCUUCCCGAUAAUUUUAUUGAACAGAGUUUUAUAUUUAAUGAAGUAAUCAAUUUUGAAACCUGGGAAAAAGUGCUCACACCAGCCCAACGCCAUCAUCUCUUGAAAUUUCUGCCUACAUUUCCUGUUGAUGAUCAAGAACAAAAACAGAUAACUGUCAAGCGGUUGUUAAGCGGAGAAAAUUUUAAAUUUGGUAACCCCGUGAAAAAGUUCCACAUGAAGCUAAAAGGUGGAACUUUUACGUCUGAAAUUUUAAAAUAUCCUCAUUUAUACCGAAAGUUUAAAUUUCGAGACUAUAAAAUGAGGCAACAGAGAUAUUAUACUAAACUGUUUAAGGAUGUUAUUUUGUCUCGUCAGCAUGUGUUUGAGAUGGUAUCAAGGUUGCCACCCGAUGAACUGCCAAAGUUUUGUUACACUCCUCCUCCACCCGCUGACCAAAGUAUCGAGCAUGUUGUAAACAAGCGGUAUUGCAGAAUUCUGAAAGCAGUCCAGGAAGAAUGCAACGCAGAGGAUUCUUCUUCAGAAGAAGAGGUGGAAGAUCCAAAUGCUCAAAAAAGCCGGAAGCAUUUGCUGCAGACUUUAUAUCCACCAUCAUCUCCUGAACCGGCAGCAUCAACAGUGGUUGCUACUUACUCGACUAGGACAGUAGCAAACGGAGAAAUUGUCGAAGAUAGCAAUGGUCAAAGAAAAACGGUCAGGCGUCCUUUAAGCCCCAUAGAAUUUUCUGAUGAAGAUUAUAAAGCUAUGUUAAGAGAUUAUAAACGACGGAAAACAGAAAAUGGGGAACAACCUGAACUGGACAUCAGCUCAAUCACACUCUCAGACAUUCUGGCUCGAUGCCAGGCCGUUAGAAAACCAACGCCAAAGUCUCCUUCUGCUGUUUCUGAAGAGACAGCAUCAAAUCCAGCAAUUAUGAAGAAGGUGAAGAAAAAGGGUGAGAAACUGAAGAAAUUAAAAGCAAACCGUGUCGACAGCAUUGCUAAGAAGAGCAGUGUUGCCAACCAAGAAGAUGUCAGCGGAAUCGAAAUACCAGAAUUGCUUGCAAGGGAGGAAGAAUGUGUUGUUCCUGAAUUUCCCCUUCAAGAGACUCUACCACCCAAGUUACCAUUUGGUCAGUAUGACAGUUUUUUCAGUCUGCUAAGAGAUCUCAUUUGUGAAUUUCCUGAUGCCAAAGUGACCACAGCAAAGUUAGAUGAUAAAGUGAAAGAGUGGCAAGAAUCCCCGACAAGUUCUCUUAAUCAGUGGAUAAGUCUACAGAAUAACUGGGUUGAAAAUGUUGUGUCUGCGCUAAAGUUUCUUUCAGGUGAUGUUUAUGGCUUCCAAAUCGAUAAUUUUAUUCCAUUGAUUGACUAUAAAGAAAGAGCUCAGCAAUGGCGGUGGAUCGGCAAUGGUCGAGACGCUGAUGAUGAGCUUGGUCAAUUGUGUAAGUUUUGGUUGCAGAAGAAAGAUGGAAAAUUAAAUGAAAAUCCCGAAAAUAAUCAAGGAACAACCCCUCCUCCCAGAGUGAAAACUAAUUACGUUGUGAAACCCACGACGGAAGAAGAAAAAAGUAGCUUCAAAGAACAGGAAAGAAAACGAUUUGAAUGUCCCCACCUUGGCUUCACAUAUCACAUGCAUGGCUAUGAUUCGGUGGUUGGCCCGGUGAAAGGAGUGUACAGUAAAGAUAACACAAUGAAUAAAGCACGGGAACAUGCUCUCCUGGUGUCAGAUCGGCCGUCUUAUGUCACUAUUCUAACGCUAGUACGAGAUGCUGCUGCUCGUUUACCUAACGGUGAAGGAACUCGUGGGGACAUUUGUGAGUUGCUGAAGGAUUCGCAGUUCUUAGCGCCAGGCAUUACAGAUGCACAGAUAAACACAGUGGUUAGUGGUGCUUUGGAUCGAUUACAUUAUGAGAAAGACCCGUGUGUAAAGUACGACGUGAACAGGAAAUUAUGGAUCUAUUUACAUCGAAGUCGAACCGAACAAGAAUUUGAAAAAAUUCACCAAGCUCAGGGAGCAGCUGUAAAAGCCAAGAAAUCUUUACAAAAACCGAAAUCUAGCAAAUCUAAAUCUAAAGAAAUGGUUCCUACAAGUACAGCAAUAACAACAGCAUCAUCAUCAACUGCACAGAAUUCAAAGUCCUCGCCUUCCAUCACAGUAUCUAGCUCUGACAGUACAGCACACCCUGAAGAACCUGUUAUCCCUACGAUGCCAAACCUCGUGGUCUCAAGGGCCCCCAAACCCACACAAAAUGCACGUGUAGCUACAAGUACAACGCGAACUUUACAAGGAAGCCCAAAAUCUAAUCUGAGUGCAGCUAAACCUGCAACGAUUAAUCUUAGUCUUGCUCAAGCGCCAAGCAUUGGUAGCAGCAACUCGGUGACCAGUAUUGGUAAUAGCGGCACUCUGACCACCAUACCAAUUUCUGAAAUUACGAAAGCACAGACGCAAGCUUCCGGAACGCAUGUGCAAGGAACCAUAGCAGCGUCAGCGUCGACUUUGUCGAAACCUUUGACUUUUGCCAUCGUGCCUUCUCAAGCCACAGGAACUAGUGGCUCACCCGCCGUUGCUAGCCAGGUACGGACUUCGACCGCCACUGCCAAACCGGUCUCUUUGAACCUUUUGCCUGGUCAGAUAGUGACCAAAUCUGGCGGGGCAGUAUCUGGCUCUUCACUGCACCAAGCUACCGUUGUGAUAACAUCCAAGCCGGAAUUAUUACCUUACCAACAGCACAACGUGACGUCGGCUGUUUGUGUGAAUAGUAGUAAGUCCCUGAUGACUGGACAAACCAUUCUCAGUACAGCCAACCGAACCUCGGUGUCAACUGCGACUACUGCCACGCCCAUGGUUGCGAGACUUGUCUCCGGUCCACAAAUGGUGUCAGUUGGCAACUUAUUGACCGGAGCUGCACAGAAAAAUACUUCAGGGUCUGCGGGUCCAACAACCAUAAAAAUUCAAGGUAGCAAUAUUUUGCAGCCAAUGUCUGGUGGUAAACCAGUUCAGUUGACUGGGAAAGCUGUACAAACGACCAAAGGAAUUUUGCAGAUUGACGGGAAAUCGCGUCCAUCGGUGAAUGUCAUUCAGACUGCUCAGGGAGCAUUGCCAACAAUUAAUAUCAUACCACAGGGUAGUAACACUUCUGUGGUCACUCUCACAGAUUCUGCCCAGAUGACCAGACCAACAAGCUCAACAGUGACAGCCAAUUCAGGGACAACGACAGUACUUAGCUCGGCAUUGCAGUCAGCCACUGUAAUGUCACAGUUGAAAACGGUUGCUGUUACAACCUCUGCCAGCACUUUGCUCAGCCAGCAGCCUUUACAAGUUGUCAGUCAGCCAAAGGUUGUCUCCCCUGGUCAAGGUGGCAUCGUAGUUACACACCUGGCUCCUGGGAACAUCACCCUCCGACCAGGUUUGUCCGGAGUUUCCCAAGCCAAAGUUGUGACUGCAGCUCAAGCUGGGCUGCUUCCUGCUCAGUUCAUACUCCAUCAACCAGCGACAGGAACAAGUGUCAAAGUUGGCUCUGCUGACACCACAGUGACACCUACAGUCAGUCAAGCAACACCUAUAAUCGUGAGCAGCAACAGUGGAAAACCAACGCAAAAUAUCCAGGUUGUAAGAACUGUACUUUCACAGCCAUCCAGUGUGAAAGCCGGCCAAACAACAAUCUUGAUCUCACAACCAGCUUUGCAACAGUCGGGAACCACAGUCUUGUCAUCAGCACAGUUACUACAAACAGCUAAAGUCCAAGGGAAGUUUGCUGGCAAGGGCAAACCACCACCAGUCUAUGCUCGGAUCAUAACUCCGUCGGCCGGUAUGAAACUAGCCACAAUGACACCUGGCCAGGCCCUCCCUGCACAGGGGGUCAGUGUCAUUCAGGCUGCCACUGCAGCGGCUGCCAGCAAACUUUCUUCUUCUGCAAUUACAGCGACUGCUUCACCGCAGCCAGUUAAAAGUCAAGAGCGUACUAGCAACAAUAACACUACUAGCAAUACAGGUGAAUCAAAAUGACAACAAUAUUAACGAGGAACACAUACAUUAGUUUUAUUGGUCUGUCUGUCUAUCUGUCUGUCUGUCUGUCUGUUUGUCCGUCUCUCUCUCUCUCUCUCACUCUGUCUGUCUGUCUGUUUGUCUUCACUUACCUUCAUUGUCCUCUCACAUACACAUGCACAACACAACAAUGCACACACUCUUGCACACACACACACACGCACACACACACACACAUGUGCAAUUUGUACGUGGACUAGAAAAAAAAUUUAAUGUGAUGCGAUUAUGCAAACAUUGUUGGAUUCUGUAUUUUAGGUGAACUUAUUAUUAUAAAACACACAAAUCUGAUGGUGACAUAUUCCCCACCCACAACAAACCUGUAAAUACAAUUGAUCUUCUUCACCAAUGUAUACACUUCUGUUGUUGUUAAACAUUAUCUUUUCUUUUUGUACUGGUUCUAUUCAAAGUCUUCAUCAAUUCUGCCUUUAUUUUCUUCACCAAUUGCUUACACACACACACACACUGGUUAUAAUGUGUUUCUUUAAGUCUGACACAAUGAGUGGAUUGGUUGGUAUGCUUACAUUUGUGUGUGUGUGUGUGUGUAUGGAAAGAGAGUGAAUUGUAACAAAGCAUUUGUGUGUGAAAUUACUGUAUUUGAUGGCAUAAAAGACUCAUGGGUCCAUUCGAUGUACUCCAAUUUCAGCUGCACAUGUUCAGGACAAAUAACUUUUACUUCAUUUUAAGCACGUAAUAUAAGGACAAACAUCACAUAUAAGACCAAGGGUUAUUUUUUUGAGUGGGGAGGGGGCAUUUUCUUGGGUAAAGUGUGCGUGUUAUAUGCCAUCAGAUAUGGUGUAUCAUGUGGUUGUAGGAAAAUAAAAGAAAUUCUAAGUACGAA